AUGUCAAACAUUACAAAAAAGGUUCCCUUUUUGAGGUCAUGUCUCGAAGAAUGUGGUCAACCCAUCAAAGCCGAGAUCAAAGGUGUAAUCCCUGUGUGGCUGACCGGCACUCUCCUACGCAAUGGUCCGGGACUGACACAAGUGGGUGAAGACAAGUAUAACCAUAUAUUCGACGGCUUGUCGCUUAUACACCGGUUCCACAUCAGCAACGGUACCGUUGAAUACCAGAAUAAAUUCCUGCGAAGCGAUACCUAUGAGAGCAACCUUAAGGCCAAUCGCAUAGUGGUGUCUGAGUUCGGGACCCACGCCUACCCCGAUCCGUGCAAAUCUAUUUGGCAAAAGUUCCAGGCUAUGUUUUCGCCCACCAGUCAAAUGACAGACAACUGCAAUGUUAACGUAUACCCGGUUAGGGAUCAGUUAUAUGCGGCCACAGAAACCAAUUUUAUUAGACGUAUUGAUGGCAACACUUUGGAUACUCACGAGAAGGUGGAUCUCUCGAAAUACCUGACCAUCAAUAUGGCGACAGCACACGUUCACGUGGAUCCGGAUGGCACUGUCUAUAACAUGGGGUCAAGUUUUGGUCCCAAUGGGAAAUACCAUUUGAUUAAAAUCCCGAAUACAGAGAAUCCCUUUGAAAACAUGUCUAUCAUUUGCUCCAUACCUAUGGAGAGGACAUUAAAUCCCUCUUAUUAUCACAGUUUCGCCAUAACUGACAACUAUUUCAUAUUCAUUGAGCAGUCAUUAGUUAUAUCUGUAGCCACUAUUGCCAUGUCUAGUGUAAAAGGGACUCCAUUUGGGGACAGCCUUACCUGGAAACCAGAGUAUAAAACCAAAUUUCAUUUGAUUCAAAGAAGUGAUGGAAAACUAAUUGACACGAAAUACAAGUCGGAUGCGUUUGCUUUCUUUCACACCAUUAAUGCUUACGAGGAAAACAAUCAUUUGGUUGUAGACAUAUGCUGUUACCCUGAUGGUAAUCUUGGACCGGCAUUAAGUAUACAGCACUGGAAGGAUGUGUUUGAAAACAAUCAGAAAUACGGUUACGUCACACAAGUGCGACGAUUUGUUUUACCACUUAAACCACAAUUGAAUGAUGCUAAACCGGGUGUCAAUUUGGUGGACUUGGACUACACUAAAGCCAGCGCUACUAUCAGUAACGAUAAGUCUGCGGUUGAGUUAAAAUAUGAGGCAAUCACUGGUUCAGGUCCGGCUGUUGGGGAGCUGCCAAGAAUUAACUAUCUAUUCAAUGGCAAAAAGUAUCGCUAUUUCUAUUCAAUACUACAGAGCGAUGAUGAUAUGAAAACAAAAAUUACUAAAGAGUCGAUCGUUUGGUGGGAAGAGAGCGCCAUAUGUUCUGAACCCGUAUUCGUCGAGAAUCCGAGUAUUCAUUAUUCAGAUCCUAAUCAUGAAGACAACGGUGUGGUCCUGUGUUCAGUACUCUCUGAAUUGGACGAAACGGAAGGCUUUCUGUUGGUAUUGGACGCCAAGACGUUCACAGAGUUAGGUCGGGCCCGGUUUCGCACCAAAUCCGCGAUCACCGGUGUAAUCCCUGUGUGGCUGACGGGCACUCUUUAUCGCAAUGGCCCGGGAGUGACACAAGUGGGUGAAGACCAGUAUAACAGCGUAUUCGACGGCUUAUCGCUUAUACACCGGUUCCACAUCAGCAACGGUGCCGUCGAAUACCAGAAUAAAUUUCUCCGAAGCGAUACCUAUGAGAGAAACCUUAAGGCCAAUCGCAUAGUAGUAUCAGAGUUCGGUACUCAUUGUUACCCCGAUCCGUGCAAAUCUAUUUGGCAAAAAUUCCAGUCAGUAUUCUCGCCUUACAGCCAGGUGUCAGACAACUGCAAUGUCAACGUAUACCCGGUUAGGGAUCAGUUAUACGCGGCCACAGAAACCGUCUUUAUUAGACGUAUUGAUGGCAACACUUUGGAUACACACGAGAAGGUGGACCUCUCGAAGUACGUGGCCAUCAAUAUGGCACUGGCACACGUGCACGUUGACCCCGAUGGCACUGUCUAUAAUAUGGGCUCAAGUUUUGGGCCGAAAGGGAAAUACCAUUUGAUUAAAAUCCCGAAUACAGAGAAUCCGUUUGAAAACAUGUCUAUCAUUUGCUCCAUACCUAUGAAGAGACCAUUGAAUCCCUCUUAUAAUCACAGUUUCGCCAUAACUGACAACUAUUUCAUAUUCAUUGAACAGUCAUUAGUUAUAUCUGUGGCCAGUAUUAUCAGGUCUACUAUAAAUGGUGCAAGGACGUUUGAGAGCAUUCUUGCCUGGAAACCCGAGUAUAAGACCAAAUUUCAUUUGAUUCAAAGAAGUGAUGGAAAACUAAUUGACACGAAAUACAAGUCGGAAGCGUUUUCUUUCUUUCACACCAUUAAUGCUUACGAAGACGACAAUCACUUGGUUGUAGACAUAUGCUGUUUCACUAGUGGCCAUAUGGGGCCGGCAUUAAAAAUACAGCACUGGAAGGAUGUGCUUGAAAACAAUCAUAAAUACGGUUACAUCACACAAGCUAAACCGGGUAUAAAUUUGGUGGACUUGGACUACACUAAAGCCAGCGCUACUAUCAGUGCCGAUAAGUCUGUGGUUGAGUUAAAAUACGAGGCCAUCACUGAUGAAGGUCCUGUUGUGGGAGAAUUACCACGAAUUAACUAUCUAUUUAAUGGCAAAAUUUAUCGCUAUUUCUAUUCGUUACUACAGAGCGAUGGUGACAUGAAAACAAAAAUUAUGAAAUUUGACACAAAGACUAAAGAGUCGAUCGUUUGGUGGGAAGAGAGCGCCAUAUGUUCUGAACCCGUAUUCGUCGAGAAUCCGAGUAUUCAUUAUUCAGAUCCUAAUCAUGAAGACAAC